AUGCGUUCUUUUGAGGCGGCUGCACCAGGUGAAAUGACCACAGCGAUAUCUUUCUAUUUUGGCGGAUGCUUAAUAUCCGGAGUUGAGGCAAGUGUUGUCUAUGUAAAUCCACGCCUGAGAACUAAUAAUCAUGAUCAGUUUGAACGUUUGUUGGCGCAGGACUUAAAGAAAACAUUCUCGCGUUCGGUUAUUGAAUACAAAUCACACGAUUCCAUCCAGAACUAG